AGCACGUGGUAAAACCACAGGUGCACAUAGAAGCAACUAGCAUCGCCGCAGUCAUCAUAUGGUCCUGGUCCAAUCAUCUUCGUUUCGCGACACAUUGUACCUAUUUCGUCUUAGUAGGAAAUCCCUUUAUUUUGUUGCUCGUGUUGCUCUUCUUCAGUUUAAUGUGUGAUUUGCUCACGAUAUGUUUGUUGUGAAGUGUUGAUAAGUUGAUAAUAUUUUAAUUUUUUGGAAAUGAUAAUUCUUGAAUGUUGUGCUUGGGUAGAUCGAAAAUAUUCUUCAGUUGAUUGCUAUUAAGCUGCAGAUUCAUGCAUCAUGUCAAACGAUGAGAAUUUUCGUCAAGGGUUCAACGCUACAGAACGUGAGUUUUUUGGUCCUGAAGGAUUACCGGACUCGGCGUUAGAUGAUUCCUCAGCUCAUCAAAUAAAGAAACUGGAUGGAACUUCUUGUAUUGCAGUGGAAACUGCUCAUAUCGAUUUGGAAGAUAAAAAUACGUACGCUCAUGUCCAACUCAUUCCAAGUCUGGAAGACAUGGCUACUCUUGUGGCAACUUUAGAAACGUUGCAUUAUCACUACUCUGAAAACUUCUACGAUUAUCUUAGAGAUGUGAACAAAGUAAUCGAUAACUUGAUGGUACCAAACCGCAUCAGAGAAAAAAUUACAGCACUUUGCGCUGAGAUGAAAAAAGAACUAUGCUCUCUGAGAUUCGGUGCCGGCUGGCGCGGGCUUGAUAGGCCUAUCCUGAAAUUGCGCCAUGUAUACGAUAACGACUCGUAUUUUUAUGUCUACGGACUGGUUUGGGACUCAAAUGGUCACAUUGACGACAAAAAAACGAUAGAGAAAGCUCUAUCGUGUUCGAGGCAUUCGAAUUAUGGCGAUUUAAUAUUUGAAAUAAUGACUAAAUACUGUCUGGUGGAUUAUAUAAUAGAUUUUCCUCUGGAUUCUUUGAGUGAAGAAUUCAUCAGGGCUGCGGAAGCAGACAAACUAACAAAAUACUGGAUAAAAUGUAAGAGAAGGAUUACUCUUGAUAGAUACGAUGCAAGCUACGAAUCUGCUUUGGUUAGCUUACGUGAUUUUUUGUCACCCCGUUUCCGCUACAAAUACCAAUGGUCUGCGUACGAAUUCUUCUGGGAUUUUUUGAAUGAAAACAAUCAAACGGCAAUUGCCAUAGAUUUAAUUCGAGACGAGAAUUAUAAAAAAUACCAGAAGAUUUUAUUCUCAAUGUUGAAUAAAAAUCAGCUCAAGCGGUUGUAUUCUGAAGAACCUCUUACCAUUAUCGUAAAUUUUGUGUCUUUGGGAGAAUUGGAGCUAGCAAAGGCGGUUUGGGAUCGUAUCAAGUUGACCAUUGAAUGUGAGAAUUACGAACUUCUACUCGAAGAAAUCUGGAAGAAGGAGAUGCCAGAUGAAGAAAACUGUAUGGAAUUUUUAAUUUAUUCGUGGAAUACUGCACUUUUGAAUUUAAUCGAGUACAUGGUAAACGUGAAAAAUUGUCAAAUUACGAAUAAGUUGAUAGAUGAAAGUCCAAUGCUUGAAAGUUCCAGUAGGUUUAAAUUUCUAAAAGCUGUUUUAUCUCGAACAACGCCUGAAUACAAACGGAGAUAUUUGCAACACGCUGGACCAUGUUUAUCAUUGAAUCAACGGGAUGUGUUUAGUUCACUGAUUGAUCACUGUUUCAACGGAAGUGAACGUGUGUCAAUCAAGGAAAAUAUACUCAUUCAAGCAAUGGAGUCGAAUCUACCAGCUGGAAUUAUGCACCGUUUUCGAGAUUUAUUAUACUCGAAUCGCGAAGAAUUUAACCUAUUCCUCGAAUUAUUCACUUUGGAACCUACUUUACAAGCACGUUUCAAAGAGUGUUUGUUACAAUCGAAAUUACUAAUCAUCAAAGCACUGUGGAAAGCUGAAAAUUGGCAAAAAUUGUCGCAAUUUAUUGACGAGUUGUAUCCGAACCGAGACGUAGCACGAUAUCAAAAGAGAAAAGUUGUUUUCACUUUUUCGCGCACUCACUGCAAUUAUCGCGAUUGUUACCAUCCAAAUGGUGAUGAGAAGUUUACCGAAAUUGAUUAUCUUUUAUCUCAGGUUCUUACCCCUCGAGAAAUAAUCAUUGCCAAAGAGAAUAUAGGGGAUAGUUUUCUGACUGAAACAUGCAGAAGACCCGUUUGGCCGUUUAGGAUCAAAUCUUUGAAAAGAAUGAAUAUGCGGAGAUUUGCUACAUGGUGUUAUUGCGGUGAUGAAAGCAACAUAAAGCGAUUCAGACGUGCGCUUCCGAUUGAUAAAUUAUUUCGUGAUCUUUUGAGCGAAAUAGUUGAACGGUUCGUUAAUGGCAGGGAUGUAGGGUUAUCGUUUUCUUCAUUAGACGAACUCAUAGGUUGGAAAUUUUCAUCGAGAAGAAGCGAAAUGAAAAAAUUCAAGUCGCGGGAAAUAAACAGAAUCAUGACAGAAAAGGUAGAAGAUAGUUUUAGAUGGAAAAUGCACAAAUACCCGUCUGUUGUGAAAAGAGUUAUUGAAUGGGUUUUUGAUGGCGAUAGGCGUCAGAUUCGAGAAUCCGAGCAACGUUACUCAGAAAGCGAUAGGAUGAAGAUUAUUCACUGGAUGGAUGUUUCAGAAGAAACCACCGACUGCGCAGAGUACUAUCAUCAUACCAGUGAUGAUUCAGAUAGUGGAAGGCGCCCGCGCCAUACUCCUAGACUGACAAUGCGUUUCAUGGAUUUGUUAAUGAAAACUAUGACUAAUUCUUGAUCAUUUAUAUUACACCUAGCAAUGUACAUUUUUCCCACAUUUUAAAUAUACUUACUUAAUGUGAUGAUAUUUUAGUAGGUAGAGGUACGUACCUUCGUGAUGUGGAUUGAAAUACACUACAAAAUGUAUAUCUCGUCCAGUCGUCCUGUUAUUUAUCGUUGAAUGGUACAAAUAUAUAUAUACCUAUUUUUACAAAAUUUCAUUUUGCUAUGUUUUAAAACCCAUAAUUCAACAUAAUUUUUUCCAUCAGUUUCUUCCUUCAUUUUAGGCUAAGUAGGCUAAUUUGGUGAGAAAAAUUUUUAUAAAAUUUCCAGAGGUCCAAUUGUUGCCAUUUAUCCUCGGAAUUGUGAGGCAACCUUUUUGAAAAAAUUCUGGGUUUAGAAGUUCAUCUUUUUCUCAUUCAAAUUUCAAGUUAAUCGUCUGAACACUUUUGAAUUACAAUA